UCUCUCUCUCUCGCAAUGUAGGAGGAGCGAGAGAAACCCACUUCCCCCUCCCCUAGGGUUUCCCGGUGCCAUUAGGGUUUCCGAUCGCGUGACCUCGUCGUUGAUCGAUCCGAUUAGGGCAAAGAUGUCGACGCUGGAGCACCUCUUCAUGCAAAUCUUCGAGCGGAAGAACUGGAUCGAGGGCCAGCUGAGGCUGCAGAUCGAGUCGUAUGGCGAAUCGCUCGGCUACAACCUCCUCGCCGAUGGGGUUCGCCCUCCCGAGUGGCUCUGGACCGUUGGAUUCGACGCGCCUCAUCGCGCGGAUCACAAAGAGAUUUAUGGAGCACAAAUCACGUCUGAUUUUUUAUUCCCGCCUACCCUAGUUAACACUCCAGCAAACCAAAGAGCUCGCUUUACCUUGCCAACUUUGAAGGAAACCAACUUGUCACAGAGUAGCUUCUUCACCGAAACAUGUGUUAACAUUGGGGGAACACUGCCUUUAGCUCAACAUGGAAAAACUAGCGGACAGCAGGAUAAGGCAGAGUCAGACAUAGCUGAGGCUUAUGCUGAAUUUAGUACAUUUUCGAGGAUUCACCGAUCCAGAUCAAGGCAAAGGGACCUAGAAAAUCGUCUCAAUGAAAAGUCAGAAGCUACAGUAGUUGACCGAAAGGAUACUAUUAAUACGGGAAUAGUAACCAGGUCUAGAGCUUCCAUAAGGUCGGAGAGAGCUAAAGAAUCAACAGUUGUGAAAUCAGUCGUAGAUACCGUAACUGAUUGUAGAAAUUCUCAGUCAAGACACUUAGACCCUAAACAUAGUCAUGAUAAUUUAUCGAAACCAGAUGAACCUUCUGAAGAUAUGGAGGGUGCUCGUAGAACUUCAGAAACUCAAUUGAUUUCCUGUCUAGCUACGUCUGUGAAGGAGGACAAUCUUGCAAUCCACUGCAAUGAUGAAGCUGUGGUCUCCUCAGGAUGUACUGCUGGAACUGUAUCUGAGGUGCCUACAAUUGACCAUUUUGAGUUGAAAAUUGGUGAUGCUGUAGCUUCUACGCUGCCUGAGGCGGAUUUAUCAGUCGAACCCAAAAAACUUCUUUUUGAUGGCAUUGAAUUGUGUGUUCAGGUUGAGAAGCCUUUUUCGGCUUUGGAAACAGAAAAUCAGGUCGAGUGUGCUGAAUCGGAGCACCUUAAGCAAUGUGAUUUCAAUGGGAUAUCUUUGGCUUGCUUUGAAGAAGAAAGGAAGGGCAGGGAUUCUGUCUUCUUUGUUAGAGAGGAGAAUGCAUUAGUAGCUAAAGAUGAAUUGCUUCAACAGGAACCAGAAAGAGCGGGUGUUUCUUCAGCAAAUGGUCAUAUUUGUGGAAAGGAUGAUGUCUGGUACACUUCGCAUGUCAAUAAGGUUUUAACUGACGGCCAAAAGGAGAUGUUGAAAUUGCUUAGAACAAGGGAGCCUGAGGAUAAUUCUCAAACUACAAUGUAUAACAGCAUGCCCUCAAACUUACCUGUCGCAGAGUCUUUGGAGCUGAUUUCGAGGAAUGACACGAGCAUGACUUCUUUCGUGGCAAGUCCAGGUCAGUGUACAAUAAAGCUGGACAAAAAGGAUAAGGAAUUAAAAGGAACAAGUGAUGAUCUUUUUCAACAUACCGACAUUAGUAACAGUGAUGGUCUGGUUUCACCAUUGACUGAGAAAGUUGAAACUUUCAGAAAUAAGGAUGAUGUGGCUACUCCUUUGGAGUUUGGGAAAUCAAGUAUAACCCAACUUUCUAAAAUAAAGCAAACUCCUGAAAAUUGCUGUCUUAGUGAUUACAUGGAGUUAACUGUUGAUGACACACCAAAUACAUCCGAUAAAGUAUCAAAAACUCAGAAUCAUGAUACGAAUUCUCAUAGUCUUGAUAGGAAUCUUGGUUCGUGCGGUAAAAAUGAUUACAUUUCGCCUUAUCCUGAUGAGUUUUCCAUGCACCCUGGAGUCACAAAAGAUGAGAUUCACCAAGAGCUGAACGUUGUUGCAGAAAAGAGUGUCAUUUCAUUCACUGCAGCACUCAAUGACAGAGAAAUCAGUGGCUCAUCACCAGCUGCUCAAUGCUGUUUAAGGAGCCCAGGCGGCAAUGAGAAGAAUACUCCAUUCGACUUAAAAGGGAAGAAUAUUUCUGGUAAUUCAAAAAGACCAAGCAAAACUCAACUUCAUGCAAAUGGGGUUUCAUGGCCUAAAAGGAGAAAGAUGAAUUGUCAUUCGAAUAAUUUCCUUGCUACUCCUCCAAGGGCAAAAGUUCAACCAGUAUUGAACUCCCAGGGUGACAGCAAGGACUUGCUGAUGAAUCAAGAAAAUGAUUCUGGGGCUAGCUUGACGUUCAGGCCACUUUCAUUAGCAAACGAGAUGGAAAGUAAUAGAGCAGAUGUAGCUGCAGAUGGAUGUUUUGAUGUUUUAUCUCAAAGCAGCAAAAUAUCCCUGUCGAAGAUGGAACCAAAGCAAUUGCUUUCUCCAGUUAGUUAUCUGGAUGAUGGAGUGCCAAGCCCUUUUUCAGAAUUGGCUGCCAGAACCAUCCAAUCAACUCCUUCUAAACCGGCAGAAAACUGUAACUCGGAAGAAGAUGGCCAUGACCUGUUGUGCUCUCAGAAUAUGUCAAAGCAUGAAAUAUCAAGACGCUCUAGCCUGAAUGUUGAAAUCAAUGAUAAAGAAGUACGUGAUAAUUAUGAUAAUUUGGACGCAUCCAAUAUUGCUAAGCCAUCUCAAUAUAGUGAUGAUUCUGUUGAAUGUGAUGGUACAAUGCCAGAGUUUGAGGGCUUCAGCAUUGAUGUUCCUUCCAGUGUGGAGGAUGAUAUCCUCCUCAAUAGUUCUGAGGUUGAAUCUCUAAAAGAAGAAAGGGCUUCUCUGCUUGAGCAUCUUUACUGUUCCUGUCCUUCCGCAAGGUAUAAAAUCAAUAAAUUCCCUGAUCUUUAUCAAUCAUCAACUACUGGAGUCCUGGAGCUCAUGAGAACAACUAAUUCUCUUGAGAGCGAAAAUAGAGAGUUUCCUGGUCUGUAUGAAAACAUUGGAUUGGAAUUUGAUGACACUUCUGCGGGAAGAUCUCAUUCCCAGAGUAUACCUUCUUUGAGUGCAAGACUGGGUCAAGAAACAAGUAAACCUCCUUUGACUCCUCUUGUAGAGAAGUUCAGUGAGAGAAAGCUUUCAGGAAGAAGCGGUGCUAGUUCAGAGACAGUAGGCUCUAAGCCAGAACUUACAUGCUUUAGAAUUGACGAAGAUAUCAGCACAGCAGAUGAAAAUGAUGGGCAGGAUGGGAUUUAUACAUCUGAAGAGAGAGAUUGCUUGGAAGGAGCCAAGGCAGCAAGUAACAGAAAAGCACUUCAGGAUGUCACUGCGACAUAUCAAAAUGUUGCACCUUCAAAACUAGAAGCUUAUGCUGGUAAGAAAGUAGGUCAACAACAUAUGAGUCUUGGAAAUGCUUGUCCAAGCAAAAUGAAGUCUAAAGAGAACAGGAUUCAUUCAGUAGAUGGAGAUAGGGUAUCAAAAGUUGCUGAAUUAAUUUGUAGCAGGUCCAGUAAGGCAGAAAUUGCUGGAGAAGCAAAUGAAAGAAAAAGAAGCCAAGCAAACCUGCAAAAGGGAUGUAAGCCUACCAAUAUUGUGUCCAAUAUAUCAUCUUUUAUCCCACUUGUCAAACAAAAGCAGCAAGCACCAGCAGUUAAAGGGAAGAAAGAUAUUAGAGUGAAGGCACUUGAGGCAGCUGAAGCUGCAAAACGUCUUGAACAAAAGAAACAAAAUGAGCGAGAAAUGCGAAAAGAAGCUGCAAAAGUCGAGAGGAUAAGGUUGAAGCAGGAGAAAGAACUGAAGCUAAAACAGGAAGAAGAUCAAAGAAAGAAAAAGGAAGCAGAUAUUGCUGCAAGGAAAAGGCAAAGAGAAGAAGAAGAAAGGUUGAAGCAGGAGAAAGAACUAAAGCUAAAACAGGAAGAAGAUCAAAGAAAGAAAAAGGAAGCAGAUAAUGCUGCAAGGAAAAGGCAAAGAGAAGAAGAAGAAAAAAAGAAGGAAAAGAAAAGGAAAUGUAUUGAAGAGGCUCGGAAACUGCAAAAGGAAAAGGAGGAAAGGAUAAAUGUUGAGAAAGAGGAGAAAGAUGCUCGCCGGAAAGCUUCAGAUGAGCAAGAACAAAAGAAGAAAGGUUUGGUGCACGAUACAAAGGGCCAAUUAAAACCUGAUAAAGAAGAGGUGGUUGUUGGAUGUAAAGAUGAGGAACUGAGCACUUCUGUGGCUGGAGCUAGAACACACGACAGUAAUGUACUUGAGGCUCAACAAACAUUGAAGAAUGCUGUUGAGCAGUCAUAUGAAAUGUCCCCGUACAGAGACUCUGAUGAUGAAGAUGAUGAUGAUGGGGACGAGGAAAUCAGGCGUCGGAGGAAAUAUUAUCCUUCAUGGGCAAGGAGAGAAUGCUUGGAACAAAUUUUAUUAUCCAAGCAACAUAUAGACCCAAGAGAAAUUUUCAGCCGGAAGAGUUCUUUCAAUUUAAGUGAAGUGCUUUCGCCUCACAUUCCUCGGCGACAAUUGUGAUAAACUGAUUGUUUGACCAGUUGUCUGCUUGAUGAUGCAUGGCCUUUAAGUAGAUAGUGGUGAAUCUUUUAGUUAGUACCAUAACAGAGUGGCAUUGCUGUACCAUAUGUAAAAUUUUACUCUUUUGGAAGCUCUAUCAAUUAGAAACUAACCCACGGGUUAAACUUUAGAUUUGUCUGAUGCCACCAAUACCCUUUUUUCGAUGGGAUGUCCAUAAAAUGUCCCCCCCUUUUUUUUUUUCUUUUUUUUUUUUUUAAUUCCUCCCUAAAGACGUUUUAGGAUGUAUUACAGUUAAAACGGGCAUCCUAUUGCAGCUACGCUAUCAAUAAUUCUGUAUGGAAUUGGAAAGUGCAGUGGUGUACGUUUCUCAACUUUGUUUUUCUUUUUACUUUUUUUUU